GGAUAAAAUACUGUCCACUGGUCCUCCGUUAAGUGUUAGCAGCAUCUCAUUCUCUUUUAUCUUUGUGUUGUAUCGAUUAGAAAUAAAAGAAGAACUGUGGAAAUAAAAACCCCUAAUUUUUUUUUUUCAAACUCUUAAAUUUCAAUUUGAUUGAUGAACAACAUCAACAAGAUUCUACCAGCAGAAAUCAUUUCAGGAAUCUUAGCUCAUUUACCAACAGAAUCAGUCCUAGUUUCCAAGUUAGUCUGCAAAACAUGGAAGAAUCUGAUUCUUCAUCCAUCAUUCCCCCAAAUUCACUUAACUCGUCUCAAUUCUUCAACAGGUAAGUUAAGAUACGUUUUCUUGAGUUCGGAUGAUGAUGUUAACAGGUCUCAUCUUUACUAUUUUGAAUAUAAUCAUCAUGAGGAUUGGAAUUUUGUGAAACCCAUUUGUAGAAAAUUGAUGUUUGAAACUACAUAUAAAAGUUACACCUUAAUUGGUUCCUUUAAUGGUUUGAUUUGUAUAUAUGGAAUUCAACCUGAUUCACUUGAGGCUGAUGGACCUGCUGUUGUUUGCAAUCCGGUUACCAAAGAAUACAUUGUUCUUCCCCAUUUCGAAUCUGAAAUGGAUCGAUAUGAGCAUUUGACCUGUGGGUUUGGUUACCUUUCCGAAACGAAUGAGUACAAAGUUGUUAGGAUUUACAAACUUAAGGAAGAAGAAGAAGGUAAUGUCGUUGAGGUAGAGGUGUACACUGUUGGGAGUGGUAAGGGAUGGAGGUAUGUUGGGAAGUUUGAUUUCGGUUUUACAUUUUCCACACUUUGUCCGGAUGCACAUGGUGUGUUUCUGAAUGGUUGUCUUCAUUGGGGGAAUACUGAAGGAGGACGAAUGAUUUUGGUAUUUGAUUUGGCUGAUGAAAAGUUUCGUGAACAUAUUUCGCCUCCUCCAUUGCUAACGCACACCCAUGAUGAUAAUGAUUUUGAAGGUGAUAAUGAUUUUGAAGGUCUUAUUGUGAUAGGGGUUUCUGGUGGUGGGAUUUUAUAUUAUGUUGUUUGUCAAUCUGCCGAAGGAGAUGAAUUCGAUGGUGUAUGGUUGUUAAUGGAUAAGAAUGAUAAUCAUGUUAUGAAAGGACAGGAAGAACACCAGUCAUGGGGUUGGAGGAAAGUUAAUAGUCUUCACCAAAGAGAACCGUUCGCCUUUAUGGAGGGUAUCAUUCCUCUACGCUAUGACGAGGGCCAUAUCAAAAGAUUUGUCUCAUCAACUUCAACCUGGGAAAACCUUGUGCAAUUUAAUGAAAUAGCUCGGCAUGUGUUUCCACACCAGCACACCUUAGUUUCAUUGAAAGGAUUAGGAGAAAAAGAUGCGAAAAUAUUAGCGGACAGAGCAAGUACUGGAACCUGGCGUUUCCUGGAAAGAUUGUUAGAAUUGGGUUAGUAGUGAGACUGGGGAUUUAGGAGGACGUGAAAUUGGCUUGUGCUGUGAACUUUCUGACAGAUAUAUAUGUUACAAGCUUUCAAUAGGCCUGUCUUUGAGAAGCUUAGCUGGGAUUUAUUCUGAAACUUCAUUGAUGCGUGAGUUCUUUGGCUACACACCGUUAGGCCAGUAUUGCCGUUCUCUGCACUUGUAACCCAGAACUUUGACAAUAUGAAAUACUCCUAUGAAUUAAGAAAAUAAGGUUAUAUUACAAGCAA